AUGGCUACUCUGGCAAUACACUGCGCUUUGCUCGCAGCAACAGCCAAUCUCGUCAAUACUCACAUUCCACAAUCCUACAUGGACGAGAUAUUCCAUAUACCCCAAGCCCAACGCUACUGUGCCAAUGAUUUUAAUACGUGGGAUCCAAAGUUGACAACACCUCCGGGACUGUACCUGAUCAGCCGCGCUUUGGGUAGCUUGUUUGGAAAUGAUUUAUGCAACAGCAUUCAAGCAUUACGCGCCACCAAUCUAUUGUUCUCCAUUGGGUUAUUCUUAGUGAUUCGACGUAUCAUCGCAUUACUUCAUCCAUCCACCGACAUCCUUUCUCGAAAUCUAUUCGCAUUGGCUCUCACUUGGUUCCCGGUGCUCAUGUUCUUCAACUUUGUCUAUUACACUGACGCUGGAUCAACCUUUUUCGUCUUGCUGUGUUACAUGCUUGUCAAGCAAAAGCAGUAUACGCUAGCUGGAUUGAGUGGUAUGAUUUCACUAUCAUUUCGACAAACCAACAUCAUUUGGGUCACUGUGUUUAUGGCACUUGCAAUCAUUGAUAUUGUGUCAUUGGAUGAUCCUUUGUUUGACACAGUCCAAUCAUUCGGCACCACAAUGAAUGUCAUCCAACAGUUGGUGAUCAAGACAUGUCGUCGCUUACCAGAGAUUGUGAAACGGCUAUUUUUCUUUUGUCUGGCACUAUUGGCAUUCAUGGCUUUUCUUAUUUGGAACCAAGGAAUUGUACUCGGCGAUCGUGCGAAUCAUGUGGCUGGCUUGCAUUUCCCCCAACUCUUUUACUUUUCGUCGUUUCUUUCUUUCUUUGCAGCACCUUGGAUCCUUACAGAUGGUGCCAUCAAAACGUUCAUGCAUCCAAACUUGGCAAGGUGCCUUCUAUGCAUGGGUGCAGCUUGCAUUAUGCUUUACUUGAUACGACAUUACACCUACGAACACCCAUUUCUAUUGAGUGACAAUCGACAUUACACGUUUUACAUUUGGAAAAGGAUAUACCAACGUCAUUGGAGUGUGCGAUUCCUUGUUGUGCCAUUGUAUGUCAUCAGUGGUUGGUUCAAUCUACAUGCUAUAGCACGAAAUACGACACUCCUUGUUGUGAUGGGCUAUCUUGUAGGCAUAGUGGCAACACUGGUACCUUCUCCUCUAUUAGAAUUUCGUUACUUUAUCAUCCCAUUUUUAUUUUAUUGUCUUCAACUUGGCCCACCCAAACAGCGAUGGAGGACAUGGAUGGCCCUGGUGGUUUAUGCAAUUCUUCAUCUAGUCACCAUUUAUCUUUUUGUAUAUCGUCCAUUCAUAUGGCCACACGAGCCUGAUCAAAUACAACGUUUCAUGUGGUAA